CAAGGCACUCCUAAUCAAAUAAGCUCCUGAGAUCACACUGCUUCGUUUUAAAUAUUUGCAAAAUCGUUAUUGGAUUAAAUAUGAAGUAUCUUUUGGCCUCUAAAAUGGAAAGUAUACGUCAAGGAAAAUAAAAAAUAAAAAAAAAAGAGACAAAGUGGUAGAAUUGGAUUAAGAAGGCGGGAAUAGAUUUGGGAAUUGGGACCAAAGAAAGAGAGACAGUUAUGGGAAGAACGUGGGGUGGGGGAGGUUAUGAAACAGCCCUUGAUCUCUUUCCCAUCUCAUGUAUAUAUCUUGAUUUCUUUGUUAUUCCGUUUACCUUUUUCGUCAACACUACACUCAUACGCACACUCCACAAUCCACAUUCUCCUAAAAAACAUAGGUACCAAACGCCUCUAUAUGGAAUUGGACGGUUUGUUCAGCCCGGCCACCUCUAAAAAAGUAAUAAUAAAAAAAUGGAAAUGUUAAGGUGCAGAUAAAAAGUGUGAAAUACCUACCAGGCUACCAGGUUACCACCACUACCGUUUCAUAUUAUAUAUACACCAUACAGAUUCAGCCUUUCUGAUGCUCUCUUCUUUACAUGCAUUAUUCCCAAGCUAAUUAAACUUAGUUAGUCUUGUCCAACUUGUACCAGUGGCCUUGCUGGUCACUUAGACCAACAUAUAUAGAAAAACCCAUUUCACUUCAACUGCUCCCUAAUUUCUACUUCCCAAAAUUCUGGGUGCAUUUCAUUCUCUCUUGCUCUCCUUCUGUUUCCUCUGUUGAUAGAUAGGUGAAAACGACAUUUUUGCCUAGCUAGAUGCAUUGAGAAAGAACAUUUCUUUUUUUUUUUUUUUUUUGGUCCCUUCAUUUCCCUGUUCCCCAUUAAUUUCUAUACCAAAUUAAAUUUGUGUUCCUUCUUUUUAAUUUGGACUGAAAAUGAAGUAUUAUUAUUUCUAUUUGUCCAUUUUGGUAUUCUGCAUUUUCUUCAAGGAGCCGACUCAAGCUAGGUUGCAUAGCCAUAGCCAGACAAAACACAAUAAACGCAUGGAGAGUCAUAAUCAUCAAAAACUAUCCUACAUUUCACAACCUCCUUCACCACCACCAGAGCCUGCAGCAGCAAAUCCUCCUCAAAAUGGUAAUUGGAGUGAUGUGAAUUUGGACGUGAGGAGUUUCGGCGCUGUCGGAGAUGGCAAAACGGACGACACUGAGGCAUUCAAGAUGGCUUGGGACGCAGCUUGCCAAAGUGACAGCUCAGCAGUUAUCUAUGUUCCCAGUGGAUUCUUCUUCAUGAUACAAUCUACCAUCUUCACAGGUCCAUGUCAAGCUGGCAUUGUGUUUAAGGUUGAUGGAACUCUAGAGCCUCCCGAUGGGCCUGACGAGUGGCCGAAGAAUUACAGUAGGCGUCAGUGGCUUGUCUUCUACAGAAUCAAUCAAAUGUCACUCACAGGAGGUGGUGUAAUUGAUGGCAGAGGACAGAAAUGGUGGGAUCUUCCUUGCAAACCCCACAAGGGGCAUAACGGAACAACAUUGCCUGGACCAUGUGAUAGCCCCAUCGCAAUCAGGUUCUUCAUGAGCAACAACCUGACGGUUAAAGGACUUAGAAUCAAGAACAGCCCUCAAUUCCACUUCAGAUUUGAUAAUUGCAGGAAUGUUCAUGUGGAAUCGAUUGUCAUUACGGCCCCUGCCCUCAGUCCCAAUACUGAUGGGAUUCACAUAGAGAACACAAAUGGUGUUGAGAUAUAUAAUUCAGUCAUUUCUAAUGGUGAUGAUUGUGUAUCGAUUGGAGCAGGGUGUUAUAAUGUAGAUAUAAGGAAUAUCACCUGUGGACCCGGCCAUGGAAUCAGCAUCGGGAGUCUAGGCAAUCACAACUCGCAAGCAUGCGUAUCGAACAUUAAAGUGAGAGAUUCGGUGAUUAAAAUGGCAGACAAUGGAGUUAGGAUAAAGACAUGGCAAGGAGGAUCAGGAGCAGUAAAGGGAGUGACAUUUAGCGACAUUCAUAUGGACAAUGUUAGGAACCCCAUCAUCAUCGACCAGUUCUACUGCCUCACCAAGGACUGCACCAACAAGACCUCGGCGGUGGUUGUAUCCGACAUUCUCUACUCCAACAUUAAAGGAACCUACAACAUUCGAAGCCCUCCCAUGCACUUCGCUUGCAGUGAUUCUGUGCCUUGCACCAACUUAACUCUCUCCGAUGUCGAGCUCCUUCCAGCUCUUGGAGAUGUUGUUUCCGACCCUUUUUGUUGGAACGCUUAUGGAGUUUUGCAGACCCUCACUAUUCCUCCAGUCUCCUGCUUGCUCGAGGGUGUUCCUCGAUCUAUGUUAGACAAUGACAUAGAUUCUUGCUCAACAUAGAUAAAAUGAUCAUAUCAUCACCUCCUCCUACCCUACUAAUUAAUUAAAACGAAAUUAGUCAUCAAUCUCUGUAAAGCUAAUGCACAAUAUCCAUCUUUGUAUGUAUAUAAUUCAUGAUUGACGUGUAUCAUCAUCAUCAUCAUCAUACAACUGAUUGUCUGAUGAUCAUUAAUUAUGUAGGAGUGGUGUUUUAUAUGGCCAUCCCCCAUUAUAUAAAAUAUAUAUG